UGUUGUGAUACUUUUAUACGUUUGCGUAGUGAUAUUAUUGAUUUUGAUGUGCGUGUAUUACAUUGUCAAGAAAACCAACGGUUCUAAAGGAUUUUCGUUGAUUCGAAACGAUAGUGUCAAGGACCCAAUACUUGAAAACGAACAGAAUUUUUUUAAAUCCAGCAACGUUUCCAAAGACGACGAUGUAUUGGAAAAAGGUGAUCACGAUCAACACGAGCACGAACACGAGGAGCAUGGGUACAAGAUUAAGCUGAAUAAGGUGGACAACUCGAGCAGUGGGUCAGUCUAUGUCGAGUCGGAGGAGGAGUUAGGGUUUCUGUGUCGGGACGGGUUCACUAGUCAGGAUGCCCGGGUAGUGUGUCGUCAGCUGGGUUACAGCAAUGCGAUUUCAUACAACUCCAUUUCGUCACAUCCAUACCACAAGUACUUAACCAACCAUCCUAUCUUGGCCAAUCUGAAUUGUACCGGAAAUGAGGACGAAAUUGGGAAAUGUCCCGGCUUCCAGUUUGACAACCAUACUUCUUGUUCGUGGCACGCGUCUGUCGUCUGCUAUAAUGAUACCCGUAGGUUGAUCUGCUUACAUUAA